AUGGCUUUCUUUCUCACCAUCAUCCUGGCUGUCCUGUCAGUUGCCAAUGCAGCUGCUCCAACUGCCAACUAUCCGAUCAAUGCGCAACUACCACCAGUCGCCCGAGUCUCGCAACCGUUUAGAUUCGCAUUCGCUCAAAGCACAUUCUCCAACAGUGAUUUGGACACAGAUUAUUCCCUGUCCGAUGCGCCAUCAUGGCUCGAAGUUGACAGCAGCACCCGCACUUUGUCGGGGACACCAAAGGCAGAUAACAGUGGCUCCACCCAGUUCAAGCUCGUGGCGUCCAAUAGAUCGGGAAAGGAUAGCAUGGAAGUUACUCUAAUUGUGACGGCGGAUCAAGGACCGACCGUGAACAAGCCACUUGUUUCUCAAUUGCAAUCGAUGGGGCCAACCUCAUACCCUGCUACGCUAUUUAUCCACCCGGGCCGUCCGUUCUCGAUCGAAUUCGACCCAGAUACCUUCGAAAACACGCAUCCUUCCACGAUAUACUACGGAACUUCGCCGAACAACACCCCUCUGCCUUCUUGGAUUGGCUUCGAUCCGGCAGCGCUGAAAUUUUCUGGAAACACCCCGCCUUUUGGCGGUUCUGGUUCUCAAACCUUUACUUUCCAACUUGUCGCUUCGGAUGUCGCUGGGUUUAGCGCGGCCAAUAUGACUUUUGAAAUUUGUGUUGGUCCUCACAUUCUGGCAUUCAAUGAGACUGUGCAGUCCUUUAAAUUGACCAGAGGCGACAAAUUCAGCAGCCCAAACUUCACCGAGAUUCUCUCUAUGGAUGGUUCGCCCAUCUCAGGCAAAGAUUUAGCUAGCGUCGACGCUAAUUUGCCGGACUGGCUGAAUCUUGAUGAGGAAAAUGUUUCGCUGAGCGGGACUCCUCCCAAGGACGCUGUGAACCAGAACAUCACCAUCGCUGUGACCGACUCUUUCCAAAACGAGGCGCAACUAAUGGUUCGUUUGGAGUUCUUGAAACUAUUCCUCAAUACUGUCGACGGCUGUGAAGCAGCCAUUGGCAAGGACUUCAAGUUCAUCUUUAACCAGACUAUUCUUACCGACGACUCCGUCCAGUUGGAUCUCGAUUUGGACAGUGAGCUUUCGUGGCUUACAUACUUCCCAGAGAACAAAACUCUUUACGGACACGUUCCUGAUGACAUGGAACCCAAGAAGUUUACCAUUCCUCUCACUGCCCGUCAAGGAUCAACCACAGACACAAGGGACUUCAUCCUUGACGUUCUCAAAGCUUCAGAUACUCAUGAGAACCCUACGGAUCCAUUCACCAACAACGACUCAAGCAGCCCAAGCCACAAAAAGGCUGGCAUCAUUGCAAUCUCGGUCGUCGUCCCCGUUGUCGUCAUUCUCAGUCUUCUGAUUCUCUUCUGCUGUUGGCGUCGCCGCAAAAACUCCCCCACAAUUGAAGAGGGUCCUUCCAACACAAAGCCCGCUCCUCCGCGCCCCGUCAGACCAGAUAUGCCCAACUGUCAGCCAAACAUGGUCAAGAGGCCUUCUCGGGACGACAAUUCGGAAGAUUGGAUGAGUCCCAUUUCCCCUUCAUCCAUUCCCAAGCUUGAACUUGGACCAGCAUGGAACGUUUCAUCGUUCGAUAAACAGGAGCAUCCGGUCAGCUUCCCUAUGCCUGAGCCUGUUGUUCCUCCUCGCUCUCCUGCUCGCAAAUCUCCCACUCGUGGUGGCUUUGCCCCACUCCGUGACACCGUCAUUCAAGAAGAUCAGCCUGUUGGAACAUCACCUUCCAAGAAGCAAAACAACCGUAUACCAUACACCAACAGCCCUGUGCGCCGCCGGACCACCAACCGGUCUCGAAGAGAGCCAUUGAAGUCUAUCCAGCCCCGCGCCAUGAAGCGCGAGUCUAUUCAAUCCUCCAAAUCAAAGCGGUACUCCAAGCGCUCAAGUGGCAUCUCUUCCAUUGCCUCCGGGCUGCCCGUGCGAUUCAGCGGAGCAGGCCAUGGCGCUGGUGGAUUUGGCCCACCCGGCCACGGCGUCGUUUACACAUCAUGGCAAAACCCACGGCAAUCAUUGAUGAGCGACGAAACCAGCUUAAGCAACAUGGCCCCGAUGUUCCCCCGACCCCCGGCAGCAGCACGCAUGCGCCACAGUAUGGCAUCCAGCAUCCCAGAGAACUACAAGCGCAUGACGCUGCGAACUGUCGAUCCAGACGAAUCCGUUAUUUCCGAAGCCGACUCUCUAGAAGCCUUCGUCCACAGCCGAGCCAAGCACCGCAACUCCUCAAACCCCCUGUUCUCCGCUCAAAUCAGCCGUCGCACCUCCUCCGCUCUUCGCGCUCUAAACCGAAACCACAGCGUCCGCAGUCGCGCCGACACUGUUUCCGGCUCCACCUUCAGCGACGAGUUCCGCCGGUCCAUCCACGAUCGUCCCAUGUCAACUGCGAUCUCGGUGUCGGAAUACGGUGAUGAUAAUAAUCCCCGUUAUUCUCACUACCAGAACCUGCAACCGCCCGGUCUUUUUCCGCUUGCUGAGGGCAGUGUCAAUGGCGCCAGUCAAUUGAGUCUCGCGCAAGAAUACCGCGGUGCUAUUUCACCGUUGCCGCGGUUCUGGAGUGAAAAUAGCUUGGGCAGUGCUCGGCAUUUGGAUCAAUCCCGGUCCAAAGUGAACGAUGAGAACGCUAUCCCGCAAAGCUCCUCCAUGAUCUCGGACCUGGAUGAACAUCUGAACCGUAAGAUCAGCCCUUCUACAAAAUCUAAUCACCAAUGGCGGUUGUCUUCUCUCGAGCCUCCGCCUCCGAUGAGGACUACUAAUCAUCGCGGCCUUCCUAUAGCCAGCAGUGGCGAGUUGGCAUUUGUUUAA